AAAGAGUUUUAGAGAUGGUGCCUUUGCAAAAACUGUGUCAUAUUACUAUAACAAACUUUAAUAUAUUUUAUUAUGGCAGACCAACACAAAGUAGUACAUCAGAAAAAUUAUACGUUUCGUAAUUGUUUUUUUUUUUUGAGAGAUUCUGUCCCCUGACUUAACAGUUUGAGCAACCACCUUUUGCUGCAUGUCUUUUGGGACAUGUCUAUCAGCUUUGCACAUCUAAUUGCUAAAGUUUUAGCCAAUUUUACUUUGUAAAAUAGUUAAGAUCACUGUUUAGCUGGAAGCCAAACCUCUGCCCCACUCAAGUGUUUUACAGCUUCCUACAGUUUUUGUUCUAGGAUUGACCUGUACCUAGCCCCAUCUUCCCUCUGUGAAGCUUGAAUGUCCCUGGUGAAGAAAAACACACCCACAGCAAGAUGGUGCCACAACCAUGUUUUACCAUAGCGAGUGUGUGUGGUGUGCUUAGUGUUAUGUGCCCUGUUAGUGUCCCAUCUUGCAUGUAGACCAAAAGGUUCUAUUUUUGUCUCAGCUGACCAGAGUACCUUCUUUCACAUGCUUGCGUGGUCCUCAACAUGGCCUCUGGCAAAUUGCAAAAAGGACUUCUUAUGGCUUUUAUUUAUUCUUUCUAGUCUUCCAUAAAGGCCAACGUUUAGGUCAAAUUAGAUUUGAGAGAACUAAUGUUCUGGCGACAGUUCCCCACCUUAGCUGUGCAUCUCAGCAGCUUAUCCAAUGGCAAACCAGGUUUUUAAUCCACACACACACAUACAAAUAUACAUGUACAUACAUACACACUACACUGCCAAAAGCAUUUGUGCGUCUAGUUUGACAUGUAAACGAACUUUGACGACAUUCUAUUCUUAAUGUAUAAAAGGUCAAAUUUGUUAAUAGACCCACCGUUGCCAGCAAUAGCAACUUCAGCUUCAGCCAUGGAAGUGAUUGGAACACUAGAAUUCAAUGAUUUUGAAGCAUCAGAAAAAAAGGUGGUUGGUGGGGGUUAAGCACUUAUGAAGUUACUUGCAAGGAUUGAGUAAAACAGUUUUAUGAGAGUCAAGCUAUAGUCCUCCCUCAGUUUUUCGUCUCCCUUUGGAAGAUUUUUUGUGUGCCCUGAGGCUGCACUGCCUCUUCCUCCGCCCCUGCUUCUUCAACUCACUGAGCCGCCAGAGGAGGAGCCCGACCCCCACCGCCCAACAGUGACGCACUCUGCGGAGGAACCAGAGGGAGGGACUUUUGCAGUUCUUACGUCAGCGCCAUGUCUUGAUAUGAUUGGUUCUCAGCGAGCCAUGGGCGUCAGAGGAGAUCGGAGCAGUGAAAAAAACGCAAUACAAAUAGAGCAGAGCGCAAAAAAAAAAAAAACAAAAAAAAAAUCACGACGAAUAAGUAUUUAUUGCGGAUGGCCAUAGAUGUGGUAUAACAUCACGGUUUGGUGUUCGGCUACACGGACAAAGACGGAGGACUACCCGUGAGGAUUAAUGAAAAAGCGAGGUGGAAAAAUAAGGAGGACUAUCCGGAUUACUCUGGUCGAAAAGGGAAAACAAACGAGGGCUUUUUUCAGCCAAGUGAGGAUGAGCUUAACGCCAGGAAAAGGCAGCUAAAGUGUUUGUGUUACAUGGAAGCGUGUAGAAAACACGCCUGGGUGAAUCCGCUUUGGAUGACGUUUUUAAAAAAGCAGAAAAUCCAAAAUACUCCGCACAGGAAAUAACAGUACGUUCGGGAAAACGGAUCCAGUACACCGGGUACCAACACAAGGAUCCACUGUGCCGAUGCCAACGGCAGACUGUAGCUUCUUCCACCAUGGCCGGAUCAUGAGGUGUUUGACUUAUCUGUUACUGCUCCCAGAAACACUGAAAAAGUCCAAGAAGCUCCCGGGCCGGCUGCCGGCAUGUUAUGAGAUUCUGACUUUAUCCCUGUCCAGCACCAAGAAGAAGCAGCAAAAGGAGGAGACGACGAAGAUGGCUGCGGAGUUGUUGUCCGCCGCCAUUCCCAACACCACCAACUUGGUGAACGGCACCACGGUGGCGGAUGGAGAGAAGACUAAGGAGGCGGUGUGCCUGGCGAACAGCGGCGGCGGCAACAGCAACACCGGCGGCUUCGGCAGCGCGGCCACCACUCCGACCAGCCAGCAGAACAUCAACAAUAACAACGUAGAUCCACCCAGUUGGCAAUGCAGCUACCCCACACUCAGAGAGAGGAAUGCUCUGAUGUUCAACAAUGAGCUGAUGGCUGAUGUUCAUUUCAUUGUUGGGCCCCUGGGGGCCUCACAGAAAAUACCUGCUCAUAAGUACGUUCUGGCCGUGGGAAGCUCAGUCUUCUGUGCCAUGUUUUACGGCGAUUUGGCAGAGGAGGAGUCUGAAAUCCACAUCCCAGAUGUGGAACCUGCUGCUUUCCUAAUUCUGCUGAAAUACCUGUACAGCGAUGAGAUUGACCUGGAGGCAGACACGGUGCUGGCCACUUUGUACGCCACCAAGAAGUAUAUCGUUCCAGCUCUUGCCAAGGCAUGCGUCAACUUUCUAGAGACGAGCCUGGAAGCCAAGAACGCCUGUGUGCUGCUCUCCCAGAGCCGCCUGUUUGAUGAGCCUGAGCUGACGCAGCGCUGCUGGGAGGUUAUCGAUGCUCAGGCUGAGCUGGCACUGCGCUCAGAGGGCUUCUGUGAGAUCGACAUGCAAACGCUGGAAAUCAUCCUGCAGAGGGAAACGCUUAACACAGAGGAGGUGGUGGUGUUUGAUGCAGUAAUGAACUGGGCUGCAGCAGAAUGCAAAAGGAAGGGUUUGGGGCCCAGCACCCGCAACAAAAGAGACGUCCUGGGCAAGGCGCUGUUCUUGGUGCGGAUUCCAACUAUGAGUGUGGAAGAGUUUGCUAAUGGAGCGGCACAAUCCAACAUCCUUACCCUGGAGGAGACGCACAAUGUUUUCCUGUGGUACACUGCGGCCAAAAAGCCCACGCUGGACUUCCCCCUGACACCAAGGAAGGGCCUGUCCCCUCAGAGGUGUCACCGCUUUCAGUCCUCCGCCUACCGGAGCAAUCAGUGGCGCUACCGUGGCCGGUGCGACAGCAUUCAGUUCGCUGUGGACAAGAGGAUUUUCAUCGCCGGUCUAGGGCUGUAUGGAUCAAGUGGUGGCAAAGCUGAGUACAGUGUUAAGAUCGAGCUCAAGAGACAGGGGGCGACUCUGGCACAGAACCUUACCAAGUUCGUGUCGGACGGCUCAAGCAGCACAUUCCCUGUGUGGUUCGAGCAUCCUGUCCAGGUAGAGCAGGACACAUUCUACACGGUGAGCGUCGUGCUGGACGGGAAUGAGCUGAGCUACUUUGGUCAGGAGGGCAUGACAGAGGUGCAGUGUGGGAAGGUCACUUUUCAGUUCCAGUGCUCCUCAGACAGUACCAAUGGGACAGGGGUGCAGGGAGGACAGAUCCCAGAGUUGGUGUUCUACGCGUAGGCCGCUCUCGACUGCUGUUGUUGCCAUCUAGCCUUCAAACUAAUGUAGCAUUCAAACCUUUGGUUAAUACCACAUUAAAUAGUCUGCCUAGGUCCUCCAGAGACAGUUUUAAAAGCAGCAGAGCUGUUUUAUUAUAUUUAAUUUAAGGUUAUUUUUUUAUUUAAGUGCUGAUUUAAGGUUAUUCGCUCGGCUGCUUGUGUCGAAGGGCUGCAUCUGCUGUGGAAAUAACUCUCAUACUGUGCUUAUGUAAUCAAGGUGGAGUCCAAACCUGGAACGAGUACAGACUGUUUUAGGGUUAAGUAGUUUCAUACGAUGUUGUUCUUCUAGUUAAAGCAGGAAUACUACAAAAGGAGUGACCAUAAUGUAGGGUGCCGAGUAGAAGUCCAAAAAGAAAAAGAAAGCUCUUUGCAGAUGGUGGUUUUGAGAAAGACUUCAAACAUUUUGUCUUUUGUAAAAUACAAUUUACCUGGUAACAGCUGGAUGCUGGCCUUAUGUGUUCUGUCCAAGAAUGCUUACACGCCUGAUAAUAAAAUGUAAACACAUGCAAAUAUCACAUCUUUGCGGUGCUGGGGAUGGGGGGGGGGUAGAGGGGGCUACACCACCCUCUGGUCAAGGAGCCUCAUUUAAUGUAAAGAUGUCGUUUUCUCAAGCAAAAUCAAGUGCUUCUCUGUAGAUUAGGAUAGUGGUGAAAAAGUUAAUUUAGCUCAGUAAUUUUAUUAAAAGGCUAAUUCAAAUAUUACUGUAGUGAAGGAUAAAGCUUACAUACGAUGCAUGGGUAACAAAGGCUUGUAGAGAAGUUAUAAUGCAUCUAAAACCCUGAACUAUUAAUGAACUCAUUAUUAGAUAUUCCAAGAUAAUGGUCUUCAUGAAGCCUGCUUUCUUCUCACAACUGCCCGUUUCGGUUGUCUCCAUAUGUGAGAGGAUUCCUGUAACCGAGAUGAAAACUGUUCCUUGCUAUCACAGUGCUUACCUCAAUUAAAACAGGAAGGUAUAACCUGAUCGGACUGUUUUUAUUUAAACCAAAUAAGCAACAAUUUUAUCAGUCUAUGCUAAGCAAUAAUUUAUUGAUAUGUUACGUUAAUAUAUCACUAACAUUUAUUUAUUAACAUGACACAAAACAUGGAGAGGGAAUGAAAAGGUGAGAGUUGUUACCAUUUAAAAUGUAGCCUACUCAACGCUUUAAUUUGUUUGAGGUAAAGUUAUCUAGGGAAAAAAAAUAAUAAUAAUAAUCAAGGAUUAAAUUGUUUUUCAGUCACUAGUAGUGAGAUAAAUUUAUAGUUGGUGUUUGAUGAAACAGUUUGUUUUAUUUUUACAGAUGUGCACAGUGAUAGAAGACUAAAUUAAAAUAUGAAAUAAACGUGCUGAAUUUAGUUCACAA